CAACUCUAAACUUCUAAAAUGUCUGAAAGAACCCCCCUUCUUGGAAAUACUCCAACAUCCAAUACAAAUGAAAAUGCAAAUGCCAGGCUCCUGCUCGCCUGCUAUGCGAUCACCGGCUUCCUCGACAGCUCAGCCGUCUCGCUCCUUGGCUCAUUCGCGAGCAUGCAGACUGGAAAUACCGUAUAUCUCGGCCUCGGACUUGCCGGACUGGAAACCACUGCUACUUCCCCCUCUCCCAGAUGGAUCAAGGCCGGAAUCUCCAUCGCUGGAUUCUGUACAGGCUCCUUCUGUUUUGCCCAGCUGCAUCGCCGUCAUUCCGGACAGAGAGGAAGUCUGGUUUCCCUCUCGUUCCUCCUCCAGACGGUGUGUCUGAUUCUCGCGGCGUGUAUCCUACAAACCCAUGCUGUCCAACAUGACACCAAAAACGAUACAUCCUGGCAGCUCUACGUCUCUUUGGCGCUGGUCUCGUUCCAAAGUGCCGGGCAGGCAGUGCUCAGCCGCGUGUUGGAAUGCACCAGUCUGACCAGCGUGGUCCUGACGAGCAUCUACUGCGACCUGUUCAUGAAUCUGCCUGGUCUGAAUCACCUCCAGCAGGGGAGACGCGCUGGGGCGAUCAUCAGCCUGUUGCUGGGCACGGUCCUGGGGGGGAUCUUUGUGAGGAGCGGAGGUUCAUUCUUGACUGUGUUAUGGGUGGUCAGCAUGAUUAAAGUGUGCAUUGCGGUUAUUAUCCUAUGCAUAAAUAGAGCAUAGUAUAUAAUCACUAGACUAUCUGGUUAGACAGUUUAAUUUUGACAAAAUUUAGGGGGCCACUAGACCACUAAGCCACUAAAAAUGUCUAGAGAUUAAUUA